CACGCUGGCGACCAAGCGGAAUUAUUCUCCAAGCAACUCUUGCGUAACCAUGCCCGACAAUGGCGCCAAAGUUCUAACAAGAGGCACGUUCAACCCUAACGUUGUCAAGGCCGAAUACGCUGUCCGUGGCGCUCUGGUUCUGCGCUCCAACGAGUACGAGAACCGUCUGGCCAACGGUGACAAGUCGCUCCCCUUCGACAAGGUCAUUCCGUGCAACAUUGGCAACCCGCAGGUGCUCAAGCAGGAGCCCAUCGAGUUUCAUCGCCAGGUGCUGGCGCUUGUCAACGUGCCGGGCCUUGUGGACCAGCCGGAGGCACAGAAGCUCUUUCCGCCGGAUGCCAUUGCACGCGCCAAGUUUUACAUGGACAACAUUGUGGGUGGCACUGGAGCUUAUGGCCAUAGCAAGGGCUCAGCAGUAGUCCGUCAGGAGGUUGCGCGUUUCUUGAAGCGCCGCGACGGUCACCCAGCCGACCCAGAAGACAUUUAUCUCACAGACGGCGCCAGUCCAGCUGUACAAAACUCGCUAUUAGCUCUGAUCCGCGACGAGAAUGACGCCAUCCUGGCCCCCAUCCCACAAUACCCUCUGUACUCGGCGGCCAUCGCCAUCAACGGCGGUACUCUGGUUGGCUACUACCUGGACGAGGCUAAAGCGUGGGGUCUCGAUGUUGACGAGCUAACGCGUGCUGUGAAGGAGGCCCGUGACGCAGGCAAGACAGUGCGUGCGAUGGCUGUUAUCAAUCCUGGCAACCCAACGGGCCAGUGUUUGUCGGCAGAUGCCAUGAAAGAGAUCAUUAAGUUCUGCCAGAAGGAAAACAUCCUGAUCCUAGCAGACGAAGUGUACCAGGAGAAUGUGUACGCUGAGGACAAGAAGUUCUUCUCAUUUAAGAAGGUGCUGCGCGAUAUGGGCAAGGAAUACGAUGACGUGGAGCUGAUCUCGUUCCACUCGACCUCCAAGGGCUUCACGGGCGAGUGUGGUCGCCGUGGUGGCUACAUGGAGCUGGUCAACAUUGACGAGGGUGCCAAGGACCAGUUCUAUAAGCUUAUGUCGGUGAACUUGUGUUCGAACAUCGAAGGCCAGUUAAUGGUAGGGAUGAUGACCAACCCGCCACAGCCUGGCGAUGCAUCGUACCAGCGCUAUGCAGAGCAACGGGACAGGACGCUUCGGUCACUAAAACAUCGAGCUAAGAAGCUCGUGAAGGCCUUCAAUGGGCUCGAAGGAGUCAAGUGCAAUGAGACAGAAGGCGCAUUGUAUACAUUUCCGAGUGUCACGAUUCCAGCUAAGGCCGUUGAAGCCGCUAAGGUAGCUGGUAUGGCACCUGAUGCGUUCUACUGCACGCAAAUGCUGGACGAGACGGGAAUUGUGGUCGUCCCAGGAUCGGGUUUCGGCCAAAGAGCGGGCACAUGGCAUUUCCGCUCAACAAUUCUACCACCUGAAGAAGCCGUGGACGAGGUUAUCGAGAAAACCGCCAAGUUCCACGCUAAGUUCAUGGACAAAUAUCGCGAAAACGUUGCGAGAACAGCCUAACGCAGAUGUUAAAUAUCUUGUUGAGUAAAUGAAGCUCAUGUGUUAAAUCAACAGAGACUCAGAUGAAGACUCGAUAAGGUUACUUGCUUUGCUAGCGUUUAGGAGUUCCUGGUAUACCAGGGGCUUUCUGCUGUUUGAGAGCGCCGUUGUCUAUUGUUCCUAAUCUGCUUGAUGGUGCCGGUGCCAACACCAAGGUGGCACUGCUGGGCUUCGU